AUGUCUCAAAAAUCCGUGUCGAAUCCGAGCUACAGGAAUCGUUCUGUUAUACAUGAAUGCCACUGUGGUAUCGAUGCUCCGUUGAUGACGGCUUGGACCGAUUCAAACCCAGGACGACGCUUUUUCGGAUGUGGGAUGUACAAGGUUCAAGGUUUCAAGAAGUGCAGUAAUUUUGUUUGGUUGGAUGAGGAAAUGAAUCCUAGGGCAAAGGAAGUGAUUGGGAACUUACUCCACAACUUGAAUGAAGAAAAGCAGAGGGUUAAAGAGUCAAUGGUAAAAGAAGAAGAAACAAGGAUGAAGAUCAAAUUUUUAAAGAAACAGUUGAAGUUUAAUUGGUUCAUAACCAUCUUUGUGUUGGUUGCAUUUGUUGCAACAAUAAUAAUGAAAUGA